GAGCCAUGGAGCCGCACGCGCCUGAGGAGACUGUCCCGACCUAAGGACCUCAGAGAGGAUCCGGGGUCCUACCUCGGGGCUGUGUGUGGGAUGGGGGGGUGGGGGGAAGGGGAAGUGGGAGAGUGAGGGUCGGGGAAGGCACCUGGGCUUGGCGCAAUAGGGGCUUUCCAGCGGUGUGGAGAGAAGCAGGCGGCGGGGGAGGGGUCUUCUCCUGCACCCCCCUCCCGCCCCGCCCCUACGCCCGGGGACCGCGGGCUCGAAGCCCCAGUUCCCUAAGCCCAGGCGCUGGCGAUCCGGAUCUGCCUGGAGCGGAGGGGAGGACGAUGGAUUGGAGCCCCCGCACCCUCACCCCAGCCCAUCACCCACCUCCCCGUCCCUCUCCGUGCUAACUCUCCGGGCGUCCUCGCCGGCCGCGGGCGGAGCUCGUUCCGCGGCGCUCGGCGAUCCCCGGCCCCCGCCCCUUCCCCUGUCCCUCUGUCCCCGGAACCCCCCCGCACCCCUCCACAGCGGCCGCCACCGCCGCCGUACAGCUCCGCGCGGCGCAAGCAGGUACGUGCGCCUCGGCAGCGGCUCCGGGCCAGGCCGGGAAGGGGGCGGGAGCCGGGGAGGGCGAAGCAGAGGCGGCCAGGCCGGCGCCCUCCGGGCUGCGCCGCAGGAGGGACCCCCGCAGGCGGACGCUGGCUGCAGGGAGGCGGGCAGGCACCCGGGAGGACGCACCCUCGCCCGCCCGGCGCCCUUCGCCCUUCGCCCCCGCGUGGGGAGGCAGGAAGGGAGGCCCGGCACAGUGAGAGCAGUCUGGGCCCAGGAUGGGGACCCAGAUGGAAUUCAAACUUAUCCCUGCUCUCAAGGUGCUCACGAUUGCUGUGAAACAGCUGGAUAAAAUGAAGGGUCUAUGAGUGAGGGAUGGAGAGCCAGGGAAGGAGGGUGAAGUGAUGCCACCGGCACAGGAGUAUGAGUUUGCUGCUGCCAAGGGGCCAAGGGAUGAGCUGGGGCCCUCCUUCCCAAUGGCAUCUCCCCCUGGUCUGGAACUGAAGAUACUGAGCAAUGGUCCCCAAGCCCCAAGGAGAUCAGCUCCCCUGCGCCCAGUGGCCCCAUCCAGGGAGGGUGUGGAGAAUGCCUGCUUCUCCUCCGAAGAGCAUGAGACCCAUUUCCAGAACCCCAGGAACACGAGACUGGGCAGCUCACCCAGUCCCCCUGGGGGUGUCCCCACAUUGCCCCGAUCCCAGCGGGAUGAUCUGUCCCUGCAUUCAGAGGAGGGGCCAGGCCUGGAACCCGUGAGCCGCCCGGUGGAUUAUGGCUUCGUUUCCGCCCUGGUUUUCCUGGUGAGUGGGAUUCUCCUGGUGGUGACAGCAUACGCCAUCCCCCGUGAGGCUCGAGUCAAUCCGGACACAGUGACAGCACGGGAGAUGGAACGACUAGAGAUGUACUAUGCCCGCCUAGGCUCCCACCUGGACAAGUGCAUCAUCGCAGGCCUGGGGCUGCUCACAGUGGGCGGCAUGCUCUUGUCAGUGCUGCUUAUGGUCUCCCUGUGCAAGGGCGAGCUGUACCGCCGGAGGACCUUCGUCCCUGGCAGGGGCUCCAGGAAGACCUAUGGCUCCAUUAACCUGCGCAUGAGACAGCUCAAUGGGGAUGGGGGCCAGGCCCUGGUGGAGAACGAAGUCGUCCAGGUCCCAGAGACUAGCCAUACCCUCCAGCGGUCUUAAGUACGAGCCCACCUUAUCUGGCUGCUUUUGCUCCAGUGCUACAAGGUCCCCCACCACCCCAACCAAGGCCUGGGGUUUCAAACUGAGCUCACAUAGGGCCCUGUGGAAGAAGUACUGGGUGCUGAAGGGAGAGCUCGGGGCCCAGCCCAGGCCCCACACGGGCCAGCAUCCCACUGAUCUGUUUUGUAGCUGAGGUUUUGCAUACGGUUUUGUUUGGAGGAUGGCUUCCGCUGCUAAAAAUACAAAAGUUUGGAAAC